AGUCUAGUGCAUUAACCACACAACAAGCUAGAAAGCCUUCUUCUUUAUCUGCUUCUUUAUAUCAUUAUCAUGGCUCCAUUAUUCUCUGUCCCAUCAGUUCUCACUACCAUAAUUAAGUCCUGCCUGCUAUUUUCACUUCUUGUGGGUAUGGUUUCUGCUCAGUUAUCCUCAACUUUCUAUGCAAAAUCAUGCCCUAAUGCCCUUUCCACCAUUAAAUCUGCUAUAGACUCUGCAAUAUCAAGUGAGGCACGAAUGGGAGCAUCCUUGAUUCGCCUGCACUUUCAUGACUGCUUUGUUAAUGGAUGUGAUGCAUCUGUACUCUUGGACAAAACAGCAACUGAACCAGGAGAGAAAAAUGUUGGUCCAAAUCCUUCACUAAGGGGAUAUGAAGUAAUCGACACUAUCAAAUCUCAAUUGGAGAAUUUGUGCCCCGGUGUUGUAUCUUGUGCAGAUAUCUUAGCCGUUGCUGCAAGAGAUUCAGCUGUUGCUCUAAGUGCACCUAGUUGGUCUUGGACUGUUGAUUUGGGAAGAAGAGACUCUGCCACAGCAAGUUCUGCUGCUGUUACUGGCAACAUCCCGCUUCCAACAUUAGAUCUUAGUGGCCUUAUUAGCGCCUUCUCAAAAAAAGGUUUCACUACCAAAGAAAUGGUAGCUUUAUCAGGAAUUCACUCUGUCGGCCAAGCAAGUUGCAGAAACUUCCGAACCAGGAUUUACAAUGAAACCAACAUAGAUUCCUCAUAUGCAACUUCAUUGAAAUCAGUUUGUCCAAGCACUGGCGGUGACAACAAUCUUGCCCCUCUAGAUGUAACUACUCCAACAAACUUUGACAAUGCUUACUACACGAAUUUGAUAAACAAAAAGGGUCUCUUACACUCGGAUCAGCAACUCUUUAGCGGAGGUUCCACUGAUUCCAUAGUUACCACUUAUAGCAACAACGUGGGAAACCUCAUAACGGACUUUGCCAAUGCAAUGGUGAAGAUGGGAAGACUCAGUCCACUCACGGGCACAAGCGGCCAAAUAAGGAAAAAUUGCAGGAAAGCCAACUAAGUAAUUAAGGCACUAGAGUAUGCUGUUUUUGUGUCCAUUUUAAUUGCUCUUUCACUUUUUUGUGGUUGAAAAAAUAAGGGCAUUAAUGCUCGUUUGAAUUAGUUUUCUAGUGUCAAUUUUGAGUACAAGUUCAAAGAAAUAUUGGUAUAUGUAUGACAAGAAUUGUCCAUCAUGAACUGUGUAUUCUCGGAUAUUGGCUCAACCGGAGUAAUUAAAUUAGAUUGCAAUGUUGUUGUGCGACU